CCUGAUGUGGACAGAAGAGUUGUGUACUCGGAGGACUUAACAUGUCCCAGAGAAUUCACCGACGUAGCAGAGAAAAUGGAGUUUAAAAAAUAUUUGUUUUUCUUGGAUUAUUAUUUAGCUUUAAUUCUGAUUGGAUCUCAGCUGUGGAGCAAUUUUGUCUGUGGACAGUUCCCUGGAUAUAAGAUAGAAACAAGUCCAUCGGUGACGGUGCAGCGAGGUCUCUGUGUCCAUGUUCCAUGCUCAUUUACCGUGCCCAGUGAUGUACGGUUAUCUAUAUCUGCCACUGGUAUUUGGUUUCUUGCACACAAUGGAGUUGGAUACCCUGUUGCUUCCAAAAAUAAUUUUGAUCAUCAGACAUUUGGAUACUUCUUUCUGACGGGAAAUGUGUCUAGCGGAGACUGCUCAUAUUCCAUAGAAGACCCACCGCCUAUAUAUAACACAAUAUAUUAUUUUAGAGUUGAAGAUGGAUCCCUAAAGUUCACCUAUCAGGAUAUCCACCCUUAUGUGAACAUAACCGAUCUCACAGAUAAACCUACCAUCUCUUCUACAAGACUGGUGGAUGGGAAUGAGGUGACAUUGACCUGUACAAGUCCUGGUAGAUGCCGGAAGAUAAGACCACAGAUUAUAUGGGAUUGGGAAAGAACCAUGACUGAUAUAAGACAGGAGAUGUAUAAUAUCACCUAUGAAGAUGACAGCAAAACCUUCCAUUCCAAUAUCACAUUCACUCCAAGGAAGUCACACAACAAUUCAACAUUAUUCUGUAAUGUGACCUUCGAAGGAAACUUUUCUACAGUGGAGAAGAGAACUCUGAAUGUUGAAUAUCCUCCAUCUAUGAAUAUCACCCUAGAAGGUGCUGAUACGGAUGAUAUCACCGCUGUGAAUGUGACAAACGGGGAUUCUAUAACUAUGAAGUGCAUUGUAGACAGUAACCCGGAGGCUUUAAUUACUUGGUAUAAAGAAGACAUGGAGGUCCAGCGGACUAUAAGUGACCGGACUGUCACCCUUACACUCAGCAACAUUACCCAGAGUGAUGCUGGGAGAUAUCGGUGUUCUGCAGAGAAUGAACAUGGGGCCGCACACAGGACGGUAGAAAUCAUAUAUCACAGCAUAGGAACACAGUUUAGCUCUGUGAUAAUGCCUGUGGUUGGCGGAGUACUUUUUCUGUUGCUGUUAAUAGUGAUUGGAGCUUUACUAAUCAUCUACUUCAGAAAAAAAAGAAAAAAAAAUGUUAAUGAGAACCAGAAGGACGUGGGUAUGAAUGAUACAGAAGCUAUAUACUGCAGUCCUGAAUGUGUCAUACCUAAUGAUAGUCCACCAGAAGAGACCCUACAAGACGGUCUUCAAACCCCUGAAGGAGAUGGAUCAGAGAAUGUGAAUCAGGAUGAUGUGCAUUAUGCAAGCAUUACAUUUCCCAGAGUGAAACCUAAGGAGGUCGUUCCUGAUGACAUGGAGGUAGAAUACUCCGAAAUAAGGAGAACACAAUAAAACUGGAUUUGGGGACUUUUCUUUUUGCAGGUCAUCUAUUUUUUAUGAGAUAAUUUGUACUUUCU